AUGCGCACGCUCAGUUCGCUCCUCCUCGGCCAGGUUGGACUCACGAUCGCUCUGCCAUAUUCCCUCGAAGAAGCACCCAAGCCCACACUAGGCGUGUUCAGCUACUCCGGGAGUGGCUGUCCCCAGGGCUCCGUGAGCUUCACAACCGGACUCAGUACGACCAACCCCGCGGGCAACUACACCCUAACAUUUGGUCUCGACGCAUUCAUUGUGUAUUACGGCCCUGGAACCGCGCCUGUGGAUAGGUCGAAAUCGUGCGCUAUUGAGGUAGGUUUGAGCGUGCCAGAGGGAUGGAAGCUUAGGGUGAAUGCCGGUGGGACCCUUGUCCAUGGACUUGCGAAUUUAGAUUCCGGGACGCAGGAGACGUUCUUGGCGCAGUAUCUUAUCGAACCGGGAGAGAGCUCGGCGGCGUCAAUUGGGAGGGUAACAAUCAAAGGUCCGAUCAACAACAGCGUGAUCACAAAGACAGCGGAGAGCACCGACGGGGGAUACACGAGUGCAUGUGGAGGGGGCAAAGUGCAUGCAAAUUUCAGGCACUCGAUCACUACAGAUAACUCGCGGAAUGGGCCAGGUUGGGAGACUGAUGAGCUACCGUGGACAUUGCAGACCGGCUUGGAGGUGCUGAAAUGUUGA